AUGGCAAGUGUUGCUACCCUGAGACCCCUGCGAUGCUGUUGCCCUGUACAACAGAAAAUGCUUCAGCUUCAGUUCCGUCUCCGCCUGCUACUCGCUGUAGUACAGUAUGGCGGUGGCUACGGUACUUAUCUUUUGUUCCGCCUGACAUUAACCGUCCGUCCGUCCGUCUCCAAGAUCGUGGCCCCGCUGCCUACUCCAAAAGACAACUUGACAACUCACAGCAAGCAACCCCCUUCUACGGUAGUCAACAUCCGAAACCUCAACCCGUCAGCUCGAAUCUCAGCCCACACGGCCCCCAGGACUCCCGCCCCCUCGAUCUUGACAAGGGCCACACAUCCACCGCCAAGGAGCAAAUGGAAAUUGGGAAGACAUCCCUCUGUCUCCAAUCCCCUAAUUCACAAUGCUACCACCACGACGCACCAAGCAUUGGACGGCAUGCCAAAACUUCCAUACAACUACAAGAAGGGCUUAGCCUGA